AUGGCCCAGAUUUGGCCGCCGUCCCCAUGCGUGGAGGACGAAGAAGUGGCUCUAGCGAGGGAGCACACACCCGGCAUUGCUCUACAUCAGUUGCAAAGUGACAACCAACCCGCAAGCAGUAGGGGCUCGGUGGAUCAAUAUCCCAUCAUCCUCGACAACGAGGCCCCAGCUCAAUCCCCCCCUUCAGAGGCCGAGCUCGUCUCAGAUGGCAGAUCUCCAAAUAGUCAUCGAGAACCAGCUGUGAACACUGAGAAGAGAUUCGUCCUUGUGUCCUCCCAAAGUUCUGACUUCGGGGUUGAAGCUUCCCUGCCAGCUGAGCCGCUGCAGCGAUCCAAAUCGACAACUCAACUUUCAGAUAAUGACAUAACGAGAGGAAGGCCUCAUGUCACAAGGAUAUACACAGAUUUGGGGCCAGGUCUAGAGGGCAUGCGGACGGGCCGCCGCCGUGCCCCUUCACCCUACGCUCAUACGCAAGCGGGUUUGACGGAUGCUCUUUCACCGGAGACUCGACGUAAAGAUACGUUGUUGUCGCCAAUGCAUGUUCGUGAGCCACGAAAGUCGGCGUCUGUACAUCCUGGGACGCGAAGAUCCGAACGAGACAGCAGUGACUCCGAUCAGAAGUCAAAGACGAGGAGGAGAACAGAACGGAGUCGUAGUCGGGCUGCAAGGGAAAGCUUCUCCCACUCGGACAGAUCAGAGUCUGAGAAGGUCAAGUCCCCAAAAUUCCCCAGGCGAGACGAGAGCCCCGACGACCAAUUUAGCCGGCGUGCUCGUCGCUAUCGCAGCCCUGCUCCGCCCAGAGGAGGCUUUACUGGCUACACAUACACUGGGCAAGACCACAUUACGCCGCCUCAGACUCCAAAGCUCAACAAUGAUUCCGCACGAUCCUCGGUUAUUGACCAUACUACCGUCCCCGAGCAGCUUAGCAACCGUCAGACGUCGUCGAGAUUGACCACAGAUUCUCCAUAUACCUCUUCCGCUGAAGAAGGUCAUAACCGCCGUCCACGACCAGUUGAUGAGAGAAAAGCUGAUCGAGGAGGCCGAUCGAGACGCAACUCGCGAAACUGUAGCGACAAAGACGAGAGACCGAAACUAACGCGCACACGUUCUCGACGCCAUGACGCGUCAUCCAGAGACGAGUCGAAUCAAGAGCAAUAUUCCACAGACGAACGACCCCAUCGUGAGGCCCAGACACCUUUGUCUGCUCGAACGACUUCCGCCAUGGAGGACUUUCUCGAGAAGGCUUUUAUAGCAAAUAAAAAUAAGCAACCGAAUCACGGUGACAAUCACUCUCGCCAUGUUUCUCCGCGAGGCUCUCCAGCACAAAGUCCUCCACAAACGCCUCGUGCCGAUGACCGGUCACCAAGGGACUAUUUCGAACAAACUCACCAUUCGUCAAGAUCAUCAAAACCACGGUCUCGUCCACAGUCGAUUGAUGAUACACAUUUCAAAGACAUUAAGAAUGUAACAUCUCUCCUUGGAGCCGCGACGUUGGGUGCUUCCCUGGCAGCAAAAGCUAUCCCUGCCCUUUCUCGAUCGAACACUUCACAAUCACUGGAAUCACAAAGUAGUGGCUCUCAAAGCAGGCCAGCCAGCGGCCAGCGCUCAAGAAAACCUUCUCCAGUGAUGGAAGAGUCCCAACCAGUGUAUCAGAGUCUAUCUAGGACGAAUUCUACUGUAUCUCGAAAUGACGGCGCAAAUACGCGGACCACAACCUACGCGAUAAACGAAGAACGUCCUGCACCAAAGAUUGCGCUGUAUGCACCGGCACCACUUGAGCCGCCUCGCACAGCAUCGAGAUCGUCUUCUUAUUCUCAUUCUCCCGAGCUUCGCCCACCUGCCCCUUUCAGAGCCUUUUCCAGCAUGGGUGCUCAAGGACUUCAACAGCCACUUCACUUCCCUGUCCAGUCAGCGCUGAUGUCGAGCCCAAUCAAUUUAGAGCCUGGUACUUCCUUGCCCAAUAGUGCACCUAGACCCAACUCCUUGCCUCCGUGUCCACGGUCGAGACCCACCGCUGGACACCACGAUUGGUACACGAUCCGGGACAUGUCAUUUCUAGAUUUCUGUCCUACUUGCAUGAGUUUUCUAGGCGCCACUCGCUUUCGCGACCACUUUAUCCCGAGCCUGCCAAAAGAACCCCGCCGACCGAUCGCUUGUGCAAUGAGCUUCCCGUGGCUUCGAAUUGCUUGGAUGCAAUCGAUCAGACAAGAUAGAAAGGAUCUUACGCUUGUUUGGCAAAUUGCCAAUGGUCCACCUGCGGGGACCAAACCAUGCGCUGGCACUAAAAUCGAUGUGAGAAGAUGGUACCAUCUAACCGAUCCUCGAACAAAAAAGCCCGUGGACAAUUUUGACAUAUGCUCUGCCUGUGUAAGAAAUAUUGACCUGAUUUUUCCCACGCUUCAAUUCUGUGUCUUUGAUCGGCCACAGGAGAAGAAAGAGCAAGAGAAGAUAUGCAAUCUAAACACAAACAGCCGCCACUUCUUAUCUAUUUUGAACGAGCUGGAGCGACUGGCAGAUCGAUCCAAGGAGACCAUGAGGCACAGGGACUUUCAGGAGUUUGUAGAUUUUAUUCGCCGCAUCUCUCGCAACCGGCACUGCGCGAAGGAUACGUUACUGGCAACCCAGUCUUGGCAUUAUAUCUCUGACCUUCCGGAGCUUACAAUCUGUGAAGAGUGCUACGAAGAAGUUGUCUGGCCUGUCAGAGAUCGACCGAUUGCACGAGACGUCUCCAAGACACUCAAGCUUGUGCCUACCUUGCGCAAGAACUCCCUACUUCGAGGAACAAGUUGCCAGCUUUACAGUGAUCGCAUGAGAAGAAUCUUUCAUGAUGCAGUGAGCCGAAAUGAUUUUGAGAGUUUGAAGUCGGCGGCUAGAUACCGCUACAACAUGGAGCAUCGGCUGCAGGAGAUGCACAAACUGUACGAAAUGGAUUUGCAAGCUGGUAUCGACAGGAGGGUGGAGAUGGAGAAGAAUAUUGCCAUCUGGAAGUCUAUUGAAUAA